CACUAAACCCAAAAAUGGAUAAUCAAGAAAUGGAAUUGGAAGUCUUGGCGCGAUUACCAUUGAAGAGCAUCGCAAGAUUCAGAUCAACGAGCAAAACAUGGAAACGUCUGAUCGAUUCAAACUUCUUCAGAAAUUUCUUCAUCUCUCGCAACUCUUCUUCUUCAAUCUCGUGGUCAAUCAUUCAGAUGCAACCUCACAAGCUGACACUUGAAAUCAUAGGUCACCAUGGAUGCAAAACAUGGGGACUUACUCGUUCUCCAGGAUCUUUGGUGAGUUUCUUUGUCGAGAGAGCAAUCAAGAAGCUACUAGUCUUGGCUUGCACCGAUGGAUUGGUCUUGCUUUACGCACAAGCUACCGAUGGAACUCCUAUGUAUUAUGUUGGAAACACUCUGUUUCAAGAAUGGUUUCGAAUCCCUCUCCCUCCUUUCCUCUCCUUGCAAGAUCUUGAGAUAUUACGGACCUACGAUCGUUUCAGCGACAGUGGAUUGGUUACGAAGAUGCAGAGUGGUAUCGUUUUGAGUUACAAGGUUGUGUGGUUUAUCACUCGUUAUGAUGCUCAAGUCGAUUUUGCGAUUUACUCAUCUGAUACAGGGACGUGGGAAACACGAAACGUGACUUGUAUUGAUUCUAUAGUCUGGUAUGGUAUGCACAACUCAAUUGCUUUGAAUGGGAUUCUUCACUGGAUUCACGACAAGAUCAGUUCUUUUAUAGCCUACGAUUUCUAUGGUGGUCAUGAUGAUAGAUUGUGUAGUAUCGUAGAUUUCCCAGAUAAUGGAGAACUUCAUAAGUUAUCACGUUUUAGGAAAACCAUCACGACCUCGGAAGGGUCUAUUGUGUAUUUCAACGAGUUCCGUGAGAAUGGAAACCUAACUUUACGUGUUUGGAGGCUGGUCACGUACAUUAGUAGCAUUAAUGCUCCUGAGGGUCAGUGGCAGCUCAUUUGGGAUGUCAGCUUGGCGUCUUUGAUCGAGUUAAGUAUCGAUUAUUUUCCGGUGGUGAUGCAUCCUUUGAACUCUGAGAUCAUCUACUUGUGGAGCAGGGGCAAGAAUAUGCUGAUCUUGUUUAACUUGAGGACACAUGCGUUUAGGCUUCACGAGGAAACUGCAGACGAUAGCAGCAAGUGUAUGGAUGGUUGCAUCUUGAGUUUUAACGGGUGCAGUGAGUAUAUGCAGAUGCACAAUAUGGUAGCAAUACCACUUUAUGGUCCUAACCAUCUCCUCUUUUCCCAGUUUGUUCUCCCUCGUUGGAUGCAACGUCUCCCUCGUCCCCAGCCUAAUUAGUGUCUUCCUCUUAAUACGCUAGUCGUCUAAUGAUCUUCGUUCGUCAGUAACUCUUUUAAGCGAUCUCUCUCUAAAACUCUUUGCUUGUGAAGGAGGAACUUGUAUUUGUUGCUUUUUUGGGCUUAUUCUGGUAUUAAG